UUGACAAAGCGGCAUAUUUCACCUGAAUACUUCGUUGGUUCUCAAGAACUCAAGAACAUGUUAUUUGGAAUGGGCAUGGGAGUGAAAUUUGACGAGCAUUACUUACCAAAGCCGAUGGUUUUGGGAGGCGGAUUGAUACUUGUGGAUCACGAUAUCAAAAGACUACCCGAAAAGUAUUUUCAGCCUUUAUCUUGCUCCAACAACGCACUCAUCGGCCGUGAUUUAUCAUGCCCGAGUGAGAUUUGUCCAAGGGAUGCCUCCUCCAUCUCAAAGGGAGAAUGGGGACAGUGGAGUUUGUGGACAACAUGUACAGUUUCGUGUGGUGGAGGCUAUAGGAAACGGUCUCGUUCCUGUUCGGUGAAAGGACGUUGUGAUGGUGCUGAAACAGAAACAGAACAAUGCUCGAGUAGCCUUUGCCAAACUGCGAAUACAGCUGCUGGGUCUCAUUGGACAAUAUGGACCGAGUGGAAUCAUUGCUCAGUCUCAUGUGGCCGUGGAUCACAAGCUCGCUAUAGGAAAUGUGUCACUACUCAACACACUAUUUCUUUUGACUGCCCUGAUACAAACAUUGAGGUUCGAGCAUGUGACACUGGCGCCUGCAAUGGAGUAGGUGUCUGGCUAUCGUGGUCUGAGUGGGGUACCUGCUCGUCAACAUGUGGACCAGGCACAAUGCUCCGCCAGCGAGGAUGCCACAAGGAACCCUGUGAUGGGUCUGCACAUGAGAGAAGGUCCUGUAACAUUGCGAUCUGCAUGCUGACGUCAGGACAGUGGGGUUCGUGGAAUGAGUGGUCGGACUGUAGUCGUAUAUGUGGACGUGGAAUACGGUCACGAAGCAGAAGUUGCAUUGGUUCCGGAUGCUACGGCGUUAACAGUGAUCUGUCGUUCUGUAAUGAGCAUCCAUGCGAGGCGCGUAUCGGAGAAUGGGCUGGAUGGUCUUCAUGGAGUACAUGCUCGUCAACUUGCGGUGCCGGAGUGAAAAGACGCACUCGUUACUGCCGAACAGGAAGUUGCCCUGGAAAUUACAAAGAAUCAGCCAUAUGCAACGAUCGUGAAUGCGAGAACCGCAACGCCGCAUGGGGAGGCUGGGGAUAUUGGUCUACAUGCAGCGAAACAUGUGGCGAAGGCAUUAGAAAAAGAGUUAGAAAAUGUUACGGUAGCGGUCAAUGUGGAGGAAAUGAGUACGAAAAACAAUCAUGUUUUAUUCGCACGUGUGACAACGUUUGA